UGCGCGUGACACAUAAUUAUUCCCACCUGCUAAUUCCGAGUGCGAAGUGAUAUAAAAAGUGCUGUUAUGGAUUUUAGUGAGGGCAGCACACCGUCCAGUGCGGCCAGGCAGACGAGUGCGGUUCGACCGGUGUCCAGGAGAGGCUACCGAGAGUAUACCAACUCUGCGGUCACUAGAAGCGGCAGCAUGCGUCCCACGUCGGCGUACCGGGGCGGCACCGCGUCCCGCCUGGCUACUGCGGGCUUCGGUCCAGCUCCCACCACCGCCAGCCGGCAGCCCACUGCUAUGACUGGGUUCUCUAUGAUCGACCGUCCAAUCACGCAGCAGGGCCUGUCGGGGCUGCGCACGGGCACGGCGCGAGGGUUCCGCACCCGCCAGCUGCAGGACAAGCGGUAUUGGGAGGAGCUCAUGCAGGUAAAAGUUCGUGAGAUGAAAGCCGAGAUCGGUCGGCUUCAUGAGCAGGCGGACGCGGGUGAGAGGGAGAAGUCCGCCAAGAAACACUACGAGAAGAGAGUCAGGGAGCUGGCGCAGGAACUUACUGAUCUCCAAGGCCGUCUCUCCGAUUACAACACAGCCAUCCGCAUCGCGAACGGAGAAGCCUCCAAACAGUCAGUACAGGAGCAGACACGCGAGCUGGCGGAGAGCAACACCAAGCUGCAGGAGCUGGUCGAGCAGCUGUUCCUGGAGAAGCAGCGGAAGGACCUGCAGCUGAGGCAGCUCGAGGAACAGAUGGAAAAGGAGCAAUCGACAAUAACGAAGAUCCUCGCAGACAUGCCUCCAGAGCAGAAGGCUCAGUACGGCGAGCUGGAGGCGCGCGCGGCCGCCCUGCGCGAGGAAGUGGACCAGGCCAGGUCGCAGCUGGGGCAUCUUAGUAGAGAGAAGACGGAGUUCAGCAAGGAGAUCUCUGCUUCUCAGAUAAAAGUCCACCUGCUAGAGCUGCACCGUCGCUUGGCUGAGGCUGAGCUGAAGCGGGACAACUUGAAGAACGAACUGAACAACCGCAUGGACCCACAGGAGGAACGGGAGAAUCUGCUACGUCAGGUCAGAGAAGACAAUGCAGCAAUCGCGUCGAUGGACAGCAACGCAGCCAGCUUGAAGGAACAGAUCAGAAAAGUCCAAGAACUUAUCGAACAAGCCGAACAGGAUCUCGAGGAAGGUAAUUCAGAACGUCACCAAAAGUACAGGGAACUGAAGAAAAGAGAAGAGACUAUGGAGGCUUUCAUGUCAACUUACGACGAAAACGUUAAGAAGGAACAAGAAAAAAUAGCUCAAUAUGAAAAGGAUAUCGUUUUCGCUCUAGAACACAGCAGUUCUAACAUUGAUCUAGAUUUGAGCGAGAUAGAUUCUCUGAAGAAAAGAGAUGGUUAUACUUCUUUAGAUGAUAGCAAGAAGUCUGUUGAGAUGCUAACGAAAGACUAUGAAAGGUUUCAAGUGAAUCUCAAAAAGGCUGAAGCAACGCGAGAGAGGCUCGCCACAGAACUGCAGACGUUCCCGGAGAAAACUAGAGCUAUGAAAGAGGAACUCGUUGUCUUGUCUGAUAUUGAAAAACUUAGAGAUGAUGGGGCUGAGCAAAAGAAAGCGUUAGAAACUGAAUUGCAACUACUGAAAGAGAAAUUGGCUCCCACUGAAAGUGCAGUAGUAGAGGCUGCUAAUAAGUUGAAGAAAUUGCAAGCCAGCCUUGACGGAAACGAAAUGUAUGUGAAACUAAACACUAUGGAGGAUCAGCUGAGCCAACUAGAAACUCGCAAGACUAUACUUGAAGAAGACAUAGCAUCCAUCACUUUGAAGGCUGACUACGAACCAAUAAAGAAAGAAGCCUUUACUGAGUUAGCAACGUUGAACAAGAAGAUUAUUGAAGACCUUUCUGCAGUUAAAAGUUAUUAGUAAGCUUGGUUUAUUUAUUUAUUAAUACAAAAGACAGUAUUUGU